AUGGAGGUUCAGCUCUGUCUCAUGGCUUGGGAGACAGGAACAGCUUACUGGUACUACAUAGAGAAGAAUGAGGAGUACAAUGCGUGGUUGAAGGAGUACCAUGAGAACCUGUCGGUCUGCCAGGUUGGCAGUGUGAGCAGCGGUGCGAACGACGAUGACAACAGGCAACGGACUGCAGCUGCUGUUGAUGGUGGUGGUGCAAUAGCCACCUUCUCUCAAGCUGACGCAGUGCACGGAAUGGCGCUGAAUGCAUCGAUGACAAUAGCAACCAGCGGGGGGAAUGACACAUCGAUGACGAUGAUGGCAAGCACCGACGUUCCACCCACUUCUGCAUCGAUCGACAUCGUAUUCAUCAAUGCAGGUCCGCACAUCGAUCUGAGCUCAGGGCCUCAUGCAGAUGCUGCUACAUUCACAAGUGUGCCAAUCUCCAAGCACCGCCACCCUCUAGACAAGUCAUCCAUCAACAUCAUGGCUGCCACUGAUGGGACUGCCAUCCCAGUGCUGAAGAGAGCUCAGAAAGUUCGGUCCGACAAAGGGGUAAAGAGGGGUUCUCGCAAGGCUUACGCGCAGUCUGCUCAGAUCGAAAAUGUCAUGCCCGCUGCUGUCAAUGCUGAACCAUGA